AUGUGUGGCCAGGAGGAGCGGGCAGUGACCCGGCUGCGGAGGGCCCGGGCUCUGCUCCCCCCCUGCCCCGUCACGGCUCAGAGCCAGCCCCGCUGCCGGGAGGUGCCUCGGCCGCCUUGGAAAGGAUUACCUUCCUCUGGGAAGGGCCAGGCCCUGGAGCUUGCCCUUGCUUCUCUCUGCCGCUGGGAGCCUCCGGGCAAAUGGUUUCGCUUUCCGCCCUGGAGAGUAUUAGAGUCGGGAGGUUCGGAGCUGGAUGCGGUCGAGAGAGGCUGUGGUCAGUGUGAGGUCGAUCAGUGCGAUGGGAGCGUGGGAUACGGAGGAAGCCCAGACGAAAGUGGAGAAACAACUCUGGAUGCAAUGAUUAUGGAUGGCAACACUAUGGAAGUUGGGGCUGUUGCGGAUCUCAGGCGUGUGAAAAAUGCAAUUGGUGUAGCACGAAAGGUCAUUGAAUACACUAAGCAUACAUUACUAGUGGGAGAGUCAGCCUCCCUGUUUGCUGUAAGGAUGGGGUUUCCAUAUGAAGAUUUAACUACCCGGAAAUCGCUUUCACUGUAUUCAGAGUGGCUUAAUCAAAGCUGUCAGCCAAACUACUGGAAGAAUGUGGUGCCAGACUCUUCAAAAUCCUGUGGACCGUAUAAACGGCGUGAAGAAGUAACUUCCAAAGAAGAACAGACCAGCUCACAAAGAAGUGUUCACAACCAUGAUACUAUUGGUAUGGUUGUAAUUGGUGUGAGUGGAACCGUUGCUUCUGGGACAUCUACUAAUGGUGCAAUCCACAAACUUCCAGGCCGUGUUGGAGAUUCUCCGAUAGCUGGAGCGGGAUCCUACGCAGAUAGUACAGCCGGAGGAGCUGCAGCCACUGGGGAUGGUGACAUCAUGAUGCGCUUCUUACCCAGUUACCAAGCUGUGGAAUACAUGAGGAUGGGAACAGACCCAACUGUAGCCUGUCAGAAAGUUAUUUCCAGAAUCCAGAAGUACGCUCCAAAGUUCUUUGGUGCUAUCAUUUGUGCCAAUACAACUGGAAGUUAUGGUGCUGCAUGUAAUAAAAUUCCAGGAUUCACUCAGUUUCACUUCAUGGUUUCAAGCCCUUUGCUAAGUCGACCAACUGAACAAGUAGUAGACUGCAUUUAAUUUCUUUAGUCUUAUUAGAAUCUCAAUUUAGAAGAAGACAGUACUAAGUUCCACCUUAAAAUUAUUUCUUAAAAUGGUUAUUUCUAGCAUUUAAUGGAUAUUAUGGUCUGCUUGUUUUCCUAAGAACUGAGUAGCCAGAAGUGAUGAACAGUAACCAUUGAACAGGCCCUUUGCCUUGCCAUUUAAAAAUAAAUUUGUCAGACAUUUGGAAUAACAGGCUGGAAGUGGAUCUAGGACUCUACACAUAAGAUUCCUGUUGAGAAUAUUUAAUUGUUGUUCUAAGAUUUAGUUUUUCUUUUCUCUUGAAAAAAAAUUGCAUGAAAAUGCUAACAUGCAAAGAAAGGGGCUUGAGGAGUAGUGGAGACUAUUUCAAAGCUUUAAUGGAAGUCCUUAUGGACCAUUCUAACUUGUUCCACGACAGCUGAGAAUAUAUUUGAAUACAUGCUAGCAUCCCUGGUAGUACAAACCUUCAAGGAAUUAAUUUUGGUUGACUGACUGGAUGUGAGGACAAUUGGAAAUCAUCCUAUCACCUCUUUUUUGUAGUGGAAGUUAAGUUAUGAACCAUAAUCACGGUGAUUUCCUUGUCAGUAAUAUGCUGUGCACUUACCCUGUCCUAUGGCACAUUAACCUCUGCAAAGGAGCAGUUGAAUGCCUGGAGUGUGACAGUUACCUAUGGGUUUUGUCACUUUCUGUGUCUAGAGACACCAGGAAUCAUUUGUAAUAGAACUUUAGCAUCAUGAGGAUUAUUCCACAGGUAUUUGAUGAUAUGUUGGAUCAUUCUCUUAAAUUGGUGGCUUGCUAAUCAUUUGAUGGAAUCUUUGCUAAACUUUGCCAAGAAAUGGCAAAAAGGGGAGCGAGUCAAAAGAGUGUGUCUUGUCACUUUAAUUAUUCUCUGUCUACUUAAAUAAAAUCAUUGGGUAAUAAAAGCACACCUUAAUGUAUUAGUGAAGUUGUUUAGAUGCUUGUGUACUGUGCCUUAGAUUGAUUGUUGCUUUCUGUUUCAAGUUGGUAUCUUUAAAAGUUGGAAAUAAACCAUUCAAAUUAGAUUGGCUAUCUUUAAUGGCCUGCUAUUGAACUUCAUCAACAAAGUGAUUUACUCAGUUCUGUCACUGGAUCCUCAGAGCAUGUUGUGGCAGUAUUCACUGCAGGCCACAGAAAGCUUUUGUCAGAGAAACUCCUACUGAAUAAAUCUGUAAUGGCUUCAGAUAAGCUUUCUACCUGUGCUACCUACAAUCCUUCUGCCAUGGCUGCUCUAUCUUCAGAUAACUCAGGCAGUCAAGUGCAAAUAGAUUAAUAAAAUCCUAGUGAUUGCUACUUUGAAGAUUGCCGUGGAUUAUAAACAUAGAAGGUUCAGUACUGUGAGCUGAGCGCUAAUGUCUCAAAUUGCUGCUGCUGAAACCUCCAGGAUUCAUUUCUGAAAUAGGUUUGGGAACAUCCAAGGCUUGUUUUCUAGAGUGCUUAUGUCACUCUGUAGUAGAUAGUCUGUGUCAGUAAAAGUGCCCUGUAACAGUGUACCUGGAAGUCACUGUUAUAGGGUUUACUUCCUACAAUCUGCUGGUUGACAGCAGCUGAAUGUGA